AUGGCGACUCCUGCAGAGCAGUAUGAGCAACCGCGGCAGCCGUCGCCGCCGUCGCAGCAGCAGGGACAUGGACAACAGUAUCCUCAGCACGCAUACUACGAACUGUCGCAGAAGCAAUACAGUCCCCGGUCGUCGAAGCCGCGCACCUUCAGCUUCCAUUCCCACCACACCCCUCAAAGCAGAAGGCAAAGCAGAAGCGGCAACCCCGACUACUACGAAACGCACGAGGAGAAGGAGUCCAGGCGUCUGCACACCAAGGCGGACCCCUCGUUGGCCAUCAUCGAAGCUGAGCCUUCCACCGUCGCCGCCAUGACGACGGAAACGUCUCUCGUUCCGCUACGAUCGAUCCAGCACAAGGAUACUUGGGGCAACCCGAUUGCCGACCCUGACAAGUCGAAUCCCACCCGCAACCGCUGGGAACGACCCCUCGAUACCAUCCGAAGCUUCGAGGCCGCCAUCGACGGCGGAUACUCGCGCAAGUCCAUGCAUCGCGCCGACACGGAUUCCGCGUUCAACGGAAACCACCGAGGCAGCUACCAGCCGCAGGGCCAGUCGCGAUACCCCCAGGAUAAUUACUACGCUUGUCGGCCCAUGUCGUACAACAGCUACGGCACGAACAGGCAUAGCUAUUACGAUCAUCAAGCCUACGGUGGCGCCUACCAGAAUGGCAGAUCCAUGCCCCGCGAGCGUACCCAGCGCAACAAUUCGGAGCCGCACUACCGCACCUACGGCCAGGAGCAGAACGUCUACCCGAUGCCCUACAGGGAUCGAUCGUACGAGACGGUGACGUCUGCCGUGCCGAGCGGCAAUUCCGAGACGGACCCGACCAGCAGCGACAACAGCUCCAUUGAUCGGACCUCGCUGGCUAAGCGCCAGGAUGCCGUCAACGACUACGGUAUCGGAUUUACCCAACCCCAAUCCUACUCGACGGCCAACUUCUCCCCGACCCUGGCACAGCCGGACAAGCCCGCAUCGCCUCCCCCGCCAGCGGUGCAGCCGGCGCAGAAGAACGAAGCGUCGGCCACGGCGCCGCCGCGGAAGCGUUCGCUGCUGAAGCGGCAGGCGUCGUCGCAGCCGCGGCAGGACGGUUCGGACAAGCGAAAGAGCUGGUUCAGUCGUCGGUUUAGUAAAUCCACCUAG